UUUCUAGACAUUGAAAACAGCGAACCGAGAUUUGACUUUCGUUGUGGAUCAAAUGGCGACAACGAACUCGUUCGUGGAAAGUGUUACGAACAGUACGAUAAACAAUACAACAAAUUCCCUGUGUAUGGAUUCGUGAUUAUUAACUUCAUUGUUACUGCAAGUGUUUGUGGAAUAUACUCACAAGCGGUGAAGUCGAAAGUUGAGGAACUUGAACGCUACAAGCAUCAAGAUGUAGAACAACAGACUCAACAGAGAAACAAUAACUUAACUGAAAGAAAGCUUUUCAAAGCGUACCGUUUGCAACUUCUUGCCAGAGUUGUUCCUGGGAUUUCUUUUGUCCUUCUGCAGACCAAAUUACUUUAUCCUCUCAGCUUUCCCUCGAACUUUAAGUGUAACUUAACGAGAGACGAGAUUUUUUCAGACAUUACGGCCAGUGCGUCUCGCAACGAAACUCUAAGCUACUCUAACUCAAACGUCAUACGAAUGUCAUAAUCAACGAGCAGCUAAGAAGACCUUCUGGGCUGAUGCCGUGAUCGUUGUAACUGGAUCGUUUGCAUUUCUUGUGUUUAUCGAGUGUCUUUACUUGUUAUCACGUGCAAAAAAAGUAGAAAGGUUCACGGAGGACCCGAAAUUUCAUAAAUAUUAUCUGAUUUCGACUAAGCCAAAUCCAGCUUCUACGGUAGAACAAGACCAAGAGUUAUUACCAACUAUUGUCAGUAACUUAGUAGCUCCUUCCAUCGAACAAAUGAAGAAACAUAUCCGAGAAGUCACCAAACGACCUUACAAAGAUCUUAAAUCACCAUUUGAUGAUCCAGGCGAAGGAAGAGAUCUGAAGCUUGACGAAAUCUUCACGAACUUGAUUGUUUACAAGGGGAGAGCUGACUACAACUUUUCUGGGGACAGAGGGGAACAACUUAAAGAGUACUACAAAGCCAAUGAAAAAUUGUCACCAACACUGCCAGGAGAAAUUUUCGAUCCUGAAGAGCAAAAGAUUCUUGUUGUCGGUCGUCCUGGGAUUGGAAAAACUAUGUUUAGCACAAAGAUUCUUCGCGACUGGGCGUCCGAUAAUUUGUUGAACGAAACACAAAAACCACAAAUAGAUUUUAAAGUCGCUUUUCUAGUUAAGUUGAGGAUGUUCAACUUUACCGACAAAGAACUAAAUCUUCGCGAGCUUCUGGAUCACUCAGAGUAUUCAACAACUCUAUCUGAAGAGACCUGGAGCUACAUCCGUGAAAACCCACAGCGAGUACUGAUCAUUUUUGAUGGAUUUGAUGAAUAUUCUAGGAAGGCUGAAAUC